AUGGAGUGGCCUUUGAUGACGUACAUCCAUGGAAUACUUGUUGGUUGGUAUUGCUUUAUGUUUCUAUUAAGUCUUUAUGGGCAAUACAUUGGUCAAACAAGAUAUAACAGCAAACAGAGAUCGAAACCAAAGUCUUCUCAGUUAUCGGCCGUGGAAGCCGAGGGAGUCUCUAUCCUUCGACCGCUCAAAGGCAUCGAUUUGGAAUUGGAACAUAAUUUACGGUCUUCUUUUACGCAGAAUUAUCCAUUAUUUGAAAUCAUUUUUUCCGUAGCCUCUGCUGACGAUCCAGUGAUUCCCAUUGUCAAACGAUUGAUGAAGGAAUAUGAAAAGACCGUAGAUAGCCGCUUGAUCAUAGGAGAACGUCAUGUUGGUAUCAAUCCCAAAAUCAACAAUAUGAUGACAGCUUAUCAAACGGCCAAGUACGAUAUUGUGUGGAUUCUCGACUCGAACGUGCAUGUGGAGCGAGACACCUUGGGGAGAUCCGUGGAUCAGCUCCAGUUACCGGGCACCGGACUUGUGCAUCACUUGCCUAUUGCUACCAAGCCUGGCAAUUAUGCGGCCGAGAUUGAGCAUUUGUUUUUGGACACGAACCAUGCCAAGAUGUAUUUAGCCAUCAACGGUGUGGGCAUCGCGUCGUGUGUGGUGGGGAAAUCCAACCUGUACCGUCGAUCGGAUCUGGACCGGGCGACCCAGGGCGUGGGGUUGGAGGCGUUUGGAAAGUAUAUGGCGGAGGACAAUCUCAUUGGCGAAGCGCUGUGGCGGCUAGGGCUGAAACAUCGCAUGAGUGCCGAUCGAGCGUGUCAAGUGCUGGGGCCUAUUUCGUUGCAAGGCUAUUGUGCUCGUCGCGCACGUUGGGUGCGACUACGAAAGUAUAUUGUGACCGCGGCGACCUUAGUGGAGCCGAUGACCGAAUCGAUUGUGUGCGGGCUGAUGGGCGCUGCUGGAUGCAGGUAUUUCUUCCACGUGUCGAUGCCCUGGUUCUUUUUCUUCCAUUGGAGUUGGUGGUUCACGAAUGAUUAUCCCCACAAUGACAAAGAGGAUGCGUUGCAUCACCAUCGUCGUCUGCCCUGGUUCAAGUUCUUGCGUGCCUGGGUGUCUCGAGAAGUGCUGGCCUUACCCUUGUAUCUUUAUGCGAUAGCGGGUACAAAGAUAUCUUGGCGAGACCAAGACUAUCGUUGUAUCUCAGAUGGCUCAGCUGUAGCUCUUUUUUCUCCCCCCAAUAAAUAA